AUGGAUCAAUCUAUCCAGCGACUCCUCAACGACAAACUCUAUGACAAAAGAAAGCAGGGAGCCUUAGAGCUCGAGAAAAUCGUCCGCGAUGCCGUCUUCAAAUCGGAACACGAAAAGAUACAAAAGAUUGUGGAGCAGCUGUGUCAUGACUAUGCAUAUGCCGUGCAUCAGCCACAUGCCCGAAAUGGUGGCCUGAUCGGGUUGGCCGCAGCCUCGAUUGCUCUGGGAUCUGAAGGUGUAGCGCCUUAUCUGAAGGAGAUUGUACCGCCGGUUUUGGCCUGCUUUUCCGACCAAGAUGCUCGCGUCAGGUACUAUGCUUGCGAGAGUAUGUACAACAUCGCGAAGGUGGCCAAAGGAGAGAUUCUGCUCUUCUUCAACGAGAUUUUUGAUGCGCUAGCCAAGCUUGCCUCUGACUCUGAGCUAUCAGUGAAGAACGGGGCGGAACUUCUCGAUCGAUUGGUCAAAGAUAUUGUUGCGGAGUCGGCAGCUUCGUAUGUUUCUGUCCUCCAGCUAUCGGAGAAGGACAUAGCAGACCCAGAGGGUUUCGAAGAACACGACUUGCCUACAGCUUUCUCUCUCGCAAAAUUCAUUCCUCUACUGAAAGAACGAAUCCAUGUCAUCGGACCAUUCACUCGCAACUUCCUGGUGUCCUGGCUGACACUUCUUGACACGAUUCCCGAUUUAGAACUGGUUACUUACCUGCCGGAGUUUUUGGAAGGCUUGAUUAAGUUUCUGGGUGGGCCGAAUAAGGAUGUCAAUGUCGCAGCACAAGGCCUUUUGGACCGCUUUCUCGCCGAAAUCAAAAGAAUCACCCGCCUAAAAAAGGGAAUUGAAGAAAGCCGCAAGUCUCAAGGUUACCGGCCUUCUGCGACAAGCGACACGAUCAGCCUAGGUGGCAAAACCGAACAGACGGUGGACACCGCUGGUGGAACAGAGGAUGAUAGAGAUGAUAUUGCCGUGGUGGAUUCGGCAUCAGUUUCCGUUUCCGAUGAUAUCACACAGACCGAGGGAGAUUGGAUUCCGGGACAAGAUGUGCAAAUAGACUAUCCGAGGAUUUUGGACAUUCUUGUGGGUUUUGUCGACACCUCUUAUGAGGAGGAGAUGACACUCACUGCACUCCGCUGGAUCGAUACUUUCUUCGAGAUUAGCCCAGAAGAUAUUCUUCCCUUUGUUCCUCGAUUACUUACUCAGGUGCUCCCAGCUAUGUCUAGUGGUGCCACCAAUGUCCGAACAGCUGCAAACAACGUCAACAAGUCUCUACUCGAAUACAUCUACUCGCUUUCCGAUGAUACAACUGACGAAGCAGCCCACGCGUCAUCCAAGACUCCCUCUGUUACGCCCAGUAAGGAGGGCUUAGAACGAAAGUCUUCUGAGAUUCCAAGCCUCGAAGGCAGGAGGUCAGUACAAGAGUCUUCUGCAAUGACGCCGCGCAGUAGCCUUGUUUCCACUCCAUUCCAACCGGGCGACUUGGAUUAUGCCGCGGCUGUUAGUUCUCUCACGCUGCAAUUCCUCAACGAGCACGAAGCUACCCGGGUAGCUGCGCUCUCGUGGCUUAUCAUGUUACACCGCAAGGCACCUCGGAAGGUAGUCGCAUUCAACGAUGGGACUUUCCCGGCCCUACUGAAAACACUCUCCGAUCCGGCAGAAGCGGUUGUGACAAAGGAUCUCCAAUUACUAUCCCAGAUCUCGAAGCACAGCGAAGACAGUUACUUUUCCUCAUUUAUGAUUAACUUACUACAGCUUUUCUCCACGGACCGACAUCUGCUGGAAGUACGCGGAAAUCUCAUCAUCCGACAGCUUUGUCUGAACUUGAGCCCGGAGCGUAUCUACCGGACUCUGGCAGAGUGUCUUGAAAAGGAAGAGGACAUUGAAUUCGCAAGCAUUAUGGUGCAAAAUCUCAACAAUAACUUGAUCACUGCACCAGAACUAUCAGACAUGAGGAAGCGCCUGAGAAGUCUGGACUCAAGGGAGGGCCAAACGCUCUUUCUUACCCUUUUCCGGUCAUGGUGCCAUAAUGCCGUCUCUACGUUCUCUUUGUGCCUGCUUGCUCAAGCAUAUGAGCAGGCCUACAACCUCCUCCAGAUUUUUGCCGAGCUUGAAAUGACAGUCAACAUGCUCAUUCAAAUCGACAAACUUGUACAGCUUUUAGAAUCCCCCGUCUUUACAUACCUUCGUCUCCAACUUCUCGAGCCCGAAAAAUACCCCUACUUGUACAAAUGUCUCUACGGUGUUCUCAUGCUCCUCCCCCAAAGCUCCGCAUUUGCUGCGCUCAAGAACCGCUUGAACAGCGUCAGCAAUAUUGGAUUUCUCCAAGGCGGACCCCGCAGGUAUGCAAAUCGAGAUUCCGAUCAGAGCAAGCCCUUGCUAAAUAGUCCUCGCAGCGCUCCCCAAGCCGCUCCCUCGUAUGAUCGUCCCACGGGACCCCGUAUGAAAAGCCGCGAAGAAAACGCCAUUCGUUGGUUUGAGAUGCUUGACAAGUUCAAAACUGUUCAAGAACGGGCUCGUCGUGCUCAGGCUUCAAAGCUUAAAACGAUAGAUCAGGUGGAUUCGCUACAUCCAUCACUUAGUACAGCUUUCCCUACUGCAGGAGUUCGGGACCGAUCUGGUUUUCCUGACACGCCGCGUGGAGCUGGUGUGAUUAGCCCCGGUCCUGGAAAUCUAGGCCUGGGAGCUGCAGGACCGAGUACUCUGACGGGCCCCAAUCGUGGAGAGCCUAACGCGAAGGGCGGCUCGACGACGCCGAAACAACGAUCGGGUCUUCCUAACCUAAGACAGCAACUUGGUAUUGGGGGCCGCAAGAAAAAAUGA